UCUCUCUCUCUCUCUUCCUCUGUUUCUUCAUUUUCCUCUGUUUUUUCAUUUUCCUCUGUUUUUUCAAUUCUCUCUGUUUUCCCCUGUUUUUAUUUCUUAAAAUUAUCCAUCUGAGUUAAAAAAAAAACAAGAAGAUGUGGGCAGGAGGGGCAGACAAUCAAGGAAACUUCCUAGGCCGAAUAAGUAUACGACGAAACCAAGUGGCUUCAAUGGAAGGAGAAGUUGAGGAUUUAGAGCUAUUUCAAAGGAAAAUUUCGGAUAGUUUUUCGGAUCUUUUACCUCCUAAUCACAAGAGAGAUAGCCACCAUGCGCCACCUCUACCGCCGUCUCUUUCUCUUUCAUUAGGGUCUAUUAAUUCUCCUAUUGCUACCGAUAGUGAUGGAGAAUCUACCCCUUUUGCUGGAAGUGAGACUCUCCUUUCUAUUGCUUGGGUUAGGAAGCUUCUUGAUGCUUUCCUAUCUUGCGAAGCCGAGUUUAAGGCGGUGUUGUUGGUGGGGCGGGAACCUUCUCAGAUAGCGAAAUCGCCGCUUGAUCGAUUGAUUCCUGAUUUGUUGGAUAGAGCUGUUAAGGCUUUGGAUAUUUGUAAUGCUAUUACUCAUGGUGUUGAUGCUAUUAAGUUUAUGCAAACUCAAGCUCAGAUUGUUGUCUCUGCCUUGGAACAGAGGCCCUUCACUGAUGGUCAGAUAAAAAGGGCUAGAAGAGCAUUAGGGUCACUAUUAAGCUCAAUUGUAGUUGAUGAAAAGGAAAACACUGGCAAAUCAACCGAACGAUCAUGGUCCUUUGGCAAGCGCACAAGUGGCGCGUCAUCAAAGGACCGGCACCACGCGCCGAGCUUUAAAUCUCUAUCUUGGUGUGUGGCCAAACAAUGGUCAGCUGCCAAGCAAGUCCAAUCAAUCUCCUCCAAUCUCAACCCGCCACGUGGUGGGGAAUCGACAGGAUUAGCUCUCACGGUGUACAUAAUGAACGUGGUCCUAGUUUUUGUAAUGUGGGCCCUAGUGGCUGCUAUUCCUUGCCAGGACCGGGCCGGGCUCGGGACCCACAUCCCGGUCCCGAAGCAAUCAAACUGGGCCCACGGAAUGUGUGGGAUCCAGGAAAAAAUAGCCGAGGAAUGGAAAAGAAAGGAAAAAAAAGGGUCAGCUGGACUAAUGGAAGAAGUGGUUAAGAUUGAAAAAUUGGCACAAUCCUUGGUGGACUUCGCGGACAAUUUUCAAUUCCCAAUGGAGGAGGAGAAGGAGGCCGAAUUCGCAGCGCAAGUCGCCGAACUGGCGGAGAUAUGCCGGAAAAUGGAUGACGGGCUUGAUCCACUACAAAUUCAGAUUAGGGAGUUAUUCCAUAGACUUGUAAAGAGUCGUACAUUCAUACUUGAUGUCCUUGAUCAAGCAGGCAAAUCAUCUACCCCUAAUGUAUAGGUUAGAUAAAAUGGUGUGUUCUUUUUUUGGGGGAGGUUUAAGGUUAUCCUUACCAUUUUUCACUUGUGCCAUGUAAAUUUUUGUAUCAUCUAGGAUUGUUUUCUUCCUAAGGAUGUGAAAAUAAAAAAAUAAAAAAAUAAAAAAAUAAAAAAGGAAAAUUAGGAUAGAAUAAUUAGUGUUAAGCAUAGGUGUUACAUUAGAGAGUUUCUAGGCUUUUCAUCCAUGUAAGCUUGUUUGGGUGCUUAGCUUGUGUCUCUUUUAUGCAUCAGUUGGGUGAUUUGAGCUUUAGAUUAGCUAAAGUUAUACUACUGUAGUUUUUUAGGAUAUAUAGAUAGAAAAAUAACCAAAAUUAAUGGAGUGUUUUUUUUUCUUUUGGGUGAUUUUUUUUUUAUUGAUUUAAUAUAUAUUACUAUACUCUUUUGGAUCUGUAAACUGUAACUUGUUCAUCAUCAGAUCUUUUUUUUGACCGAAAGUGAAAUAAAGGGUUAACAUCAUUCAUUGUA